UCGUCUGUUCCUAGCAGAGAAAAAAAAGUUUCAACUUUCUUUGAACCCCAACACCCCUUCCUCCUUUUUCACUCUCUUUCUCUACCCAACGCAAAUUCUCUCUCUGUCUCUGGUGUUCAUGGGUCGCCCACCAAGUAAUGGAGGCCCUGCCUUUCGUUUCAUUCAGUCCGAGGUAUCAGAAAUGGAAGCUAUUCUUCAAGAACACAACAAUGCGAUGCCAGCACGUGAUGUUCUUGCGGCUCUUGCAGAUAAGUUCAGUGAAUCACCUGACCGUAAAGGCAAGAUUACAGUGCAGAGUAAGCAAGUUUGGAAUUGGUUUCAAAAUAAACGGUAUGCAAUAAGGGCAAAAUCAAGUAAAACUCCUGGAAAGUUAAAUAUUACACCUAUGCCUCGGGAUGAUUCAGCCCCAGUAAGGAAUAUGCCUCAACCAACAGCUGCUCCAAUUCCCACUGCUUCAGGUUCAGUUCCAACAACAGGAAGAGUAACUCCAGAAAACUCAGUUAUGGAAUUUGAAGCUAAAUCUGGAAGGGAUGGAGCAUGGUACGAUGUAGCAAACUUUCUAUCGCACAGAUAUUUGGAGAGUACUGAUCCGGAAGUGCUGGUACGGUUUGCUGGUUUUGGACCUGAGGAAGAUGAGUGGAUUAAUGUCCGAAGGAAUGUCAGACCACGCUCUCUGCCAUGUGAAUCAUCAGAAUGUGUUGCAGUACUCCCUGGAGAUCUCAUACUUUGUUUUCAGGAAGGUAAAGAGCAAGCUCUUUACUUUGAUGCCCAUGUCCUUGAUGCUCAAAGACGGAGGCAUGACGUAAGAGGCUGUCGUUGUAGAUUUUUGGUUCGAUAUGAUCAUGAUCAGUCAGAGGAAAUUGUGCCUCUAAGGAAGGUUUGUCGAAGGCCUGAAACUGAUUACAGGCUACAGCAACUUCAUGCUGUGAAUGAGGCAGCGCCUGUGGAUCAGCAGAAGAGUGGCAUGGAUCCAGCAUAUGUUCAUGCUAUCAGGGUUACUAGUUCUUCUGAAACAGUGCCAAAGCAGCAGAUUACAAACAUUCAUAUCACCCAACCAGUUUUGCAAACAAAUGUUCCUAUAGCCCCACAAAGUAUGAAUGUGGAUCCAAAGAAAGCUGAAACAACAACUGAUUUUCAAGCUGGAAAUUCCAUCAUCACCCCAAGCAAUGUCCCAUUCACUAGCAGCAUUACUUCAAGCAGUGUUCCUGAAGUCUCUAGUCAGAACAUGGCUGAAGCAAAUUAACUCAGAUUUUUUUAAUUUUUUUUGUCCUCUGCCUUUUGUGGGGUCAUCUUUCCAAACCUUUUAUUGAGACUUCAGUACAUGUUUUUUUAAACUAGCUAGGGAGUUAUCUUUUGAAUACAAUGCUUAUACACGAGUUUCUCUGCUUUAUCUGAACUCCGGAUAUUUAAAAAAUAAAAA